GUCUGACUCAGUAUAUGGCAGCUUCCUAUGUUCCUAUGAAGACUUCUGUGAAACCCAAAGGCUUGCAUACCCCAACAACUGAGGAGCUUUAGCUUUUUAUCAAAAGCAAAGGACUGUUGUGACGGAUAGCUUUUUGUUGGUCAACACAGCGACUGCAGUCCGCUGAGCUUUUUCAUUCUUAAAUGUUCUGCAUGGAUGGGACCAGUGGCCCCCCCCCCUCUUGUGCCAGUUUGGUUUCCAUUCUUCUUCAGCGGCAACAAGGCGGUGUGAGACGCUUGCAUCUUUCUGGCCUUUGAUGUCAAGGGAGUGUUAUUAAUUCCCUUCUGCCACCCACAGCUUUGCGCCUACCGGGGUGGGGCGGGGGCCCCAGAGCGCAGAUGGCUGUGGGUCUGGGCUGAGCUGCCCCAGCCUGCCAAAGAAGGGUGAGGUGAUCCCACACAGUGUCUGCCUUUGCAGUGUCUUCUUUGGAGAAGCCCACCCUCUCCCCCGCUGCACCCCCCCUCCUGGAAGUUAAAAACUUUUGGCUCAAGAAUGUAGCUGGAUUCCUUGCUCCUUUCGCCAGCACCCCUUCCCAAGCUGCAAGGCCCUCCCCCUGCUCAAUUUGGAUGAGGGUGUACCUUCUUUCUUUCUUUCCUUUUUUUUCCCUUUUCCUCUUUUCCUCUAAGGGUUGAGAAUUUUCUCCCCUUCUGCACAGCUCUGCACUAAACAAAGAGACCCCAGGGCUCAUCUUGGAUCCCAGAACAAAAAAGAAUCACAGAGUUUUAGAGUUGGAAGGGACCUUGGAGGUCUUCUGGUCCAACCCCUGCUCAGUGCUACAGCAUCCCUGACAAGUGGCCCUCUGUUUGAAAAUCUCCAGAGAAGGAGAGCCCAUCACUUCAUGAGGCCUCUAAAGUGAAGACUGGUUUCCCAGGUGUUGGGCUUCAAGGACCCACCUCUAGACCCCAGGUCUUUGUGGGCUGCUGGAGGCUUGGAGGAACUCCUAACAUCAUGGGACUUGCGUGGCUGACCAGGCUGGUCCUGGGAUGUUCAGCGCUCGUGUGCUUCCAGGACUCUGCUUACGCCCAGCACGAUGGUGAACUCCAGGCUGAUAGAUUUGCAAGCUACGAAAACAAACAGCCGCCCAGCAGAGUGAGACGGAGAGGCCACGAGACUUUGAGAGGGCCGAAUGUCUGCGGCUCCCGAUUCCACUCGUAUUGCUGUCCUGGAUGGAAGACCCUUCCCGGCGGGAACCAGUGCAUUGUCCCCAUUUGCCGAAAUACCUGUGGGGAUGGGUUCUGUUCACGGCCAAAUAUGUGUACAUGUGCCAAUGGGCAACUUUCCCCCAACUGCGGCUCUGGUGGAGUUCAGUCCUGCAACGUGAGGUGUAUGAACGGUGGGAGUUGCAAUGAUGACACCUGUCUGUGCCAGAAGGGAUAUACGGGAGCCUACUGUGGCCAGCCUGUCUGCGAAAGUGGUUGCCAGAACGGAGGCCGAUGCAUUGGACCAAACCGCUGUGCAUGUGUUUAUGGCUUUACUGGGCCUCAGUGCGAAAGAGAUUACCGCACCGGACCCUGCUUCAGCCAGGUCAACAACCAGAUGUGCCAGGGACAGCUCAGCGGCAUUGUCUGCACCAAGACCAUGUGUUGCGCCACCAUUGGACGGGCCUGGGGGCACCCUUGCGAGAUGUGCCCGGCGCAGCCCCACCCCUGCCGACGGGGCUUCAUUCCCAACAUCCGCACCGGGGCAUGCCAAGAUGUGGAUGAAUGCCAGGCAAUCCCUGGGCUGUGCCAAGGAGGGAACUGCCUCAAUACGGUGGGCUCCUAUGAGUGCAAGUGUCCAGCCGGCCACAAGCAGAGUGAGACAAGCCACAAGUGUGAAGAUGUGGAUGAAUGCAGCAGUGUUUCCGGCAUCUGCGAUGGUGGAGAGUGCACCAACACGGCUGGGAGCUACGUUUGUGCCUGCCCCCGGGGCUUCAUGACCAGUCCAGAUGGAUCCUGCUGUGUUGACCAGCGGAUCGGCACGUGCUUUUCGGCACUCAUUGGCGGACGCUGCGCGGGGGAGUUGCCCGGGCAAUACACCAAGAUGCUGUGCUGCUGUGACUCCGGGCGUUGCUGGGCCAUCGGACAGACCCCAGAAAUGUGCCCUGUGAGGGGCUCAGAUGAAUACCGCCGAUUGUGCAUUGAAGGUCUCCCAGUCGUGCCAGGGUUCCCUGGGACCUUCCCAGGAGUCCCAGGUUUUGGGCCAAAUGGAGUCGGGCCAGGCAUUAGUGGUCCUGGUGGCUUUGGGCCCAAUGGGGCCAAUGGGCAAGGUGGAAUCCCUGGGCUGCCCGGGAUGGGGCCUGGAAGCUCAAGCAUUGGAACAGCGACCCUGAAUCAGACCAUAGACAUCUGCAAGCACUUCACCAACCUUUGCUUGAACGGACGCUGCAUCCCCACACCGUCCAGCUACCGCUGCGAGUGCAACAUGGGCUACAAGCAGGAUGUGCGCGGCGAGUGCAUUGACAUGGACGAGUGCUCCAGCAGCCCCUGCCUCCAUGGCGACUGUGUGAAUACCCCCGGCUCGUACCACUGCAAGUGCCACGAGGGGUUCCAGAGCACGCCCACCAAACAGGCCUGCAUUGAUAUCGAUGAGUGCAUCAUGAACGGAGUGAUGUGCAGGAAUGGGCGCUGUGUGAACACCGAUGGCAGCUUCCAGUGCAUCUGCAACGCCGGCUUUGAAAUCACUCCUGACGGGAAGAAUUGUGCUGACCACGACGAAUGUGCCACCACAAACAUGUGCCUGAACGGGAUGUGCAUUAAUGAAGACGGGAGCUUCAAGUGCAUUUGCAAACUGGGUUUUGUCCUGGCCCCCAACGGGCGCUACUGUGUCGACAUUGACGAGUGCGAGACGCCCGGGAUCUGCAUGAACGGCUGGUGCAUCAACACGGAGGGCUCCUUCCGCUGCGAGUGCCUGGGGGGGCUGGCCAUCGGUGUGGACGGGCGGGUCUGUGUGGACACCCAUGUGCGCAGCACCUGCUAUGGGGCCAUCAAGAAGGGCACCUGCGCCCGGCCCUUCCCUGGGGCUGUCACCAAGUCGGAGUGCUGCUGCGCCAACCCGGACCACGGAUUUGGAGAGCCAUGCCAACCGUGCCCUGCCAAGAACUCGGCUGAAUUUCAGGCCCUGUGUAGCAGCGGCAUUGGCAUCACUGCUGAUGGAAGAGAUAUCAACGAGUGUGCCUUAAACCCUGACAUCUGCCCCAACGGCAUGUGUGAGAACCUUCGGGGAAGCUACCGCUGCAUCUGCAAUCUGGGCUACGAGUCAGACCCCACGGGCAAGAACUGUGUGGAUGUGGACGAAUGUGCUGUCAACCGCCUGCUGUGUGACAAUGGCUUGUGCCGCAACACACCCGGAAGCUACAGCUGCAGCUGCCCCAAGGGCUUCGUCUUCCGGACUGAAACAGACACCUGUGAAGAUAUCAACGAGUGCACGUCCAACCCCUGCGUGAAUGGUGUCUGCAGGAAUAAUGCUGGUUCCUUUGCCUGCGAGUGUUCUCCUGGGAGCAAGCUGGACUCCAGUGGCACCAUCUGUGUUGACAGCAUGAAAGGGACCUGCUGGCUGAACAUCCAGGAAGGGCGUUGCGAAGUGAACAUCAAUGGGGCCACACUGAAGUCAGAGUGCUGUGCCACGCUCGGGGCAGCCUGGGGAAGCCCCUGUGAGCGCUGCGAGAUCGAUCCUGCCUGCCCAAGAGGCUAUGCAAGGAUGAAGGGUGUCUCCUGCGAAGACGUCAACGAGUGUGAGGUUUUCCCGGGCGUCUGCCCCAAUGGCCGGUGUGUGAACACAGCAGGCUCUUUCCGCUGCGAGUGCCCAGAGGGGUUGACCCUGGAUGGCUCAGGCAGGACAUGCGUAGAUGCGCGACUGGAGCAGUGCUACAUGAAAUGGGUGGAGGACGAGUGCACGGUCCCCCUCCCGGGGAAAUACCGUAUCGACCUGUGCUGCUGCUCCGUCGGCUCGGCCUGGGGCAGCGACUGUGAGGAGUGCCCCAAGCCUGGCUCUGCCGAAUACAAAGUGAUCUGCCCCCGGGGACCCGGCUUUGCCAACAGGGGAGACGUCUUGUCUGGCAGACCUUUCUACAAAGAUGUGAAUGAAUGCAAGGUUUUCUCCGGGCUCUGCACUCAUGGGACCUGUCGUAACACCAUUGGGAGCUUCCGUUGCCUUUGUGGAAGUGGCUUUGCUCUGGAUGCCGAGGAGAGAAACUGCACCGAUAUCGACGAGUGCCGGAUCUCGCCAGACCUGUGUGGCCACGGUGCCUGUGUCAACACGCCUGGCAGCUUUGAGUGCGAGUGCUUCAAAGGCUACGAGAGCGGCUUUAUGAUGAUGAAGAACUGCAUGGACAUUGAUGAAUGCGAGAGGGACCCCCUGCUGUGCCGUGGAGGGGUCUGUGUCAACACCGAGGGCAGUUUUGAGUGCCUUUGCCCCCCAGGGCAUGAGCUCACCUCAGAGGGCAAUGCCUGUGUAGAUGUGAAUGAAUGCUCCCUUAGUGACAAUUUGUGCCGGAAUGGCCACUGUGUCAAUGUCAUCGGGACCUACCAGUGUGCGUGUGACUCCGGGUUCCAAGCCACCCCAGAUCGUCAAGGCUGUGUUGAUAUUGAUGAGUGCACCAUCAUGAACGGCGGCUGUGACACGCACUGCGCUAACUCAGAGGGCAGCUACGAGUGCAGCUGCAGUGAAGGAUAUGCACUGAUGCCAGACAAGCGCUCGUGCACAGAUAUUGACGAGUGUGAGGACAAUCCAGAUAUCUGUGAUGGCGGCCAGUGCACCAACAUCCCUGGCGAGUAUCGGUGCCUCUGCUUUGACGGAUUCAUGGCCUCCUUGGACAUGAAAAUGUGUAUCGAUGUCAACGAGUGUGACCUGAACCCCAACAUCUGUCUGCAUGGGGAGUGUGAGAACACCAAGGGCUCCUUCAUCUGCCACUGCCAGCUCGGCUACUUUGUCAAGAAGGGCACAACAGGCUGCACAGAUAUCGAUGAGUGUGAGAUUGGAGCCCACAACUGUGACAUGCACGCCUCCUGUAUCAACAUCCCGGGGAGCUUCCGGUGCAAGUGCCGAACAGGGUGGCUUGGAGACGGUCUGAAAUGCAAUGACCUUGACGAAUGUGCUACUGAGGCGCACAGCUGCAACUUGAACGCCAACUGCCUCAACACCCCAGGCUCCUACCGCUGUGCCUGCCGGGAAGGUUUCAAUGGGGACGGAUUCUCCUGCUCUGAUGUGGAUGAAUGUGCCGACAACGUCAAUCUCUGUGAGAACGGGCAGUGUCUCAAUGCCCCUGGCGGCUACCGCUGCGAGUGCGAAAUGGGUUUCAACCCCACCGAGGACAGCAGGGCUUGCCAAGAUAUUGACGAAUGCACCUUUCAGAACAUUUGCGUCUUUGGCAGCUGCCAGAAUUUGCCGGGCAUGUUCCGGUGCGCAUGUGAUGAUGGCUAUGAACUGGACAGGAGCGGGGGCAACUGCACAGACAUCAACGAGUGUGCAGAUCCGGUGAACUGCAUCAACGGGCUUUGUGUUAACACCCCUGGCAGCUACCUGUGCAACUGCCCUCAGGACUUUGAGCUGAACCCCACAGGAGUGGGCUGUGUAGACACUCGCGUUGGGAACUGUUUCUUGGAUACUCAAGACCGGGGCGAUGGCGGGAUCUCGUGCAGCGCGGAGAUUGGCGUGGGCGUCACCCGGGCAUCUUGUUGCUGCUCGCUGGGCCGGGCCUGGGGGAACCCUUGUGAACUCUGCCCACCAGCCAACACCACGGAAUACAAGACUCUGUGUCCAGGGGGCGAAGGCUUCCGGCCCAAUCCCAUCACGGUCAUUUUGGAAGAUAUUGAUGAGUGCCAGGAGCUGCCGGGCCUCUGCCAAGGGGGCAACUGUGUCAAUACCUUUGGGAGCUUCCAGUGUGAAUGUCCCCUGGGCUACUACCUGAAUGAGGACACCCGGAUUUGUGAAGACAUUGACGAAUGCUCAGCCCACAUUGGGAUCUGCGGCCCGGGGACCUGCUACAACACCCUGGGGAACUACACGUGCGUUUGCCCACCGGAGUACAUGCAAGUCAAUGGAGGCAACAAUUGCAUGGACAUGAGGAAAAGCCUCUGCUACCGGAACUACAACGACACAUGUGAGAACGAGCUCUCCUUCAACAUGACCAAGAAGAUGUGUUGCUGUUCCUAUAACAUCGGCAAAGCCUGGAACAAGCCGUGUGAGCCCUGCCCCACUCCGGCCAGCCCUGAGUACCAGAUCCUUUGUGGUAACCAGGCGCCUGGAUUCAUCAUUGAUAUCCACACAGGAAAACCAAUUGAUAUUGAUGAGUGCAGCGAGAUCCCAGCCAUCUGCACCAAUGGUGUUUGCAUCAACCAGAUCGGAAGCUUCCGUUGCGAGUGCCCCAUUGGCUUCAGCUACAAUAACAUCCUGCUGAUCUGUGAAGACAUUGAUGAAUGCAGCAGCGGAGAGAACCUUUGCCAACGCAACGCUGACUGCCUGAACAUCCCAGGGAGUUACAGGUGCGAAUGCUCCUCCGGAUACAAGCUGUCGCCUAGUGGAGCAUGUGUGGGUCGCAACGAAUGCCAGGAAAUCCCCAAUGUCUGCAGCCACGGGGACUGUGUCGACACAGAAGGGAGCUACCUUUGCAUGUGCUUCAAUGGGUUCAAGGCCACCGGGGACCAGACGAUGUGCAUGGACAUCGACGAGUGUGACCGCCAGCCCUGCGGGAACGGCACCUGUAAGAACACGGUGGGCUCCUACAAUUGCCUCUGCUUCCCUGGGUUUGAGCUGACCCACAACAACGACUGCAUGGAUGUGGACGAGUGCUCCUCUCUGGCGGGACAGGUGUGCCGAAACGGCCAGUGCAUCAACAACGUGGGCUCCUUCCGGUGUCUCUGCCAAGAGGGCUAUGACCACACGCCUGAUGGCAAGAACUGCAUUGAUGUCAAUGAGUGCAUCACUCUACCAGGGACUUGUUCUCCGGGUACCUGCCAGAACCUGGAAGGCUCUUUCCGCUGCAUCUGCCCUCCAGGCUACGAGGUGCAGAAUGACAACUGUAUCGAUAUCAACGAGUGCGAGGAGGAGCCCAACAUCUGCCUCUUUGGGACCUGCACCAACACGCCCGGGACCUUCCAGUGCAUCUGCCCACCGGGAUUCGUGCUCUCCGACAAUGGCCGGCGCUGCUUUGACACACGCCAGAGUUUCUGCUUCACCCGCUUUGACAACGGGAAGUGCUCCGUGCCCAAGGCCUUCAACACCACCAAGGCCCGGUGCUGCUGCAGCAAGAUGCCUGGAGAAGGCUGGGGGGACCCCUGUGAGCUCUGCCCCCAGGAGGGCAACGUUGCCUUCCAGGAGCUGUGCCCAUAUGGUCACGGAGCCAUCCCUGGACCUGGAGAUACACGAGAAGAUGUGAACGAAUGCUCCGAGAACCCUGGCAUCUGCAUCAACGGGGCGUGCAUUAACACGGACGGGUCGUUCCGCUGCGAGUGCCCCUUCGGGUACAACCUCGACUUCACCGGAGUGCAUUGCGUGGACACAGACGAGUGCUCCAUUGGGAACCCCUGCGGGAACGGGACGUGCAGCAACGUGGUCGGCGGCUUCGAGUGCGCGUGCGACGAGGGAUUCGAGCCGGGCCCCAUGAUGACCUGCGAAGAUAUCAACGAGUGUGCCCUGAACCCGCUGCUCUGUGCCUUUCGAUGCAUCAACACCCUCGGCUCUUAUGAUUGCACCUGCCCAUCUGGGUACACCCUGCGGGAUGACCGGAGAAUGUGCAAAGAUCUGGAUGAAUGCACUGAGGGGAUGCAUGACUGUGAAUCUCGUGGGAUGAUGUGCAAGAACCUCAUUGGGACCUUCGCUUGCAUCUGCCCACCUGGGAUGCAACGCAGGCCUGAUGGCGAAGGCUGCACAGAUGAGAACGAAUGCCGUACCAAGCCGGGCAUCUGCCCCAACGGGCGCUGCAUGAACACCGUGGGCAGCUACCGCUGUGACUGCAAUGAAGGCUUCCAGGCCAGCCCUUCUGGCACCGAGUGCCUUGACACCCGCCAGGGAUUCUGCUUCACCGAAGUGCUCCAGACCAUGUGCCAGAUGUCGUCCACCAACCGCCACCAGGUCACAAAGUCGGAGUGCUGUUGCAACGGAGGGCGAGGCUGGGGCCCCCAGUGCGAACUCUGCCCACUCCCUGGCACCACCCACUACAAGAAGAUGUGUCCCCAUGGGCCAGGCUAUACAACUGAUGGGAGAGACAUCGACGAGUGCAAGGUGCUCCCUAACCUCUGCAAACACGGCCAGUGCAUCAACAGCAUGGGCUCCUUCCGCUGUCACUGCCGCCUGGGCUACACCACCGACAUCACGGGCACCGCUUGCCAGGACUUGGACGAAUGCAGCCAGUCCCCCAAGCCCUGCAACUUCAUCUGCAAGAACACGGAGGGCAGCUUCCAGUGCUCCUGCCCCAGGGGCUACAUCCUGCAGGAGGACGGCAAGACCUGCAAAGACCUGGACGAGUGCUCCACAAAACAGCACAACUGCCAGUUCCUCUGUGUGAAUGUCAUUGGGGGCUUCAACUGCAAGUGCCCCCCCGGAUUCACCCAGCAUCAUUCUUCCUGUAUUGAUAACAAUGAAUGCACAUCGCAGCCCACCCUGUGUGGGGCCAAAGGCCAGUGCCUGAACACCCCCGGGAGCUACAACUGUGAGUGCCAGAAAGGGUUUACCCUCGAUAGCUCUGGAAGCAGCUGUGAAGAUGUGGACGAGUGUGACGGGAACCACCGGUGUCAGCAUGGCUGCCAGAAUGUGCUGGGGGGCUACCGCUGCGGCUGCCCCCAAGGCUAUGUCCAGCACUACCAGUGGAACCAGUGUGUGGAUGAGAAUGAAUGCUCCAGUUCCACAGCCUGUGGGUCGGCCUCUUGCUACAACACCCUGGGGAGCUUCAAGUGCAUCUGCCCAUCCGGUUUCGACUUCGACCAGGCCUUUGGGGGCUGCCAAGACGUGAAUGAAUGCACUGCAGGCGGAAGUCCCUGCAACUAUGGCUGCUCCAACACGGAGGGUGGUUACUUGUGUGGCUGCCCCAGUGGGUACUUCCGGGCAGGCCAGGGGCACUGUGUCUCUGGGCUCGGAUUCAGCAAGGAGGCCUACCUGCCUGCGCCCCUGGAGGAGGACGAGGAAAACCUCCUCUCGCCCGAGGCCUGCUAUGAGUGCAAGAUCAACGGUUUCCCCAAAAGAGGCCGCCAUCGGCGCAGUGCCAACAGCACUGCCGGGCAAGAGAAUGACAUCAGCCUGGCCAGCAUCGAUGUGGACAGGCCCUUGACGGUGGCGCUGAACCUCUCCGAUCUGGGACAGAAGCAGCACAUCCUGGAGCUGCUGCCCGCGGUGGCGCCCUUGGAGAACCGCGUGCGCUACGUCAUCGCCCAGGGGAACGAGGAGGGCUUCUUCCACAUCCACCAGAAGGAGGGGCUCAGCUACCUCCACCUGGGCCGCAAGCACACCGCCCUCCCCGGCACCUACCUCCUGGAGAUCGUCAGCGUGCCUCUGUACCGCAAGCGGGAACUGCAGAAACUCGAGGCCCUGAAAGAUCUCAACUACCUGGCGGGAGAGCUCGGCCAGGCACUCAAGAUGAGGCUGCAACUCCACCUCUUUUAGCGCACCCCCCCCCCGCCCCAUCCAGAGACACCGACGAGACCAGGGGCUCAGGCUGCACACCGCCCACACCACCCCCACGCUGCCUCCCACCCUGGGCAUUGGCCCCUCCUGCCACCAGCGGCCCCCGCCUGGCUGCCCCGGAGUCCUGUGCCGGGGGAACAACUUUCAAAGAGACCCGGACUUGGACCGGUUCUCCAAGACCCGCUGCCCAGGUGGCCGGCCCUCUCCUGGCCCCGGGAGGCCACCUCUGCCCACAGCAAGAGACUGCGGAGAAGGGCGGACGAAGGAGAACUGCAGGCAAAGCCGUCCACCCAGCAUCCACCUCUCUCAGCCAGAGGUCUGUGCCUCUCCUUCCCUGUGUCUCCUCCCAGGUCACCCUUUGCACCGACCUCUGUCCGCCAGCACUGAGGAGCCUUUCGUCCCUCUCAUCUGAAAACAGCCCUGGUUUCCCACUGCGCUUCUGGGUCUGCAGGCGGCAAGGCCAGGGCCGGUCAGAGUCCUGGCGAUUUAGCUUCUCAGCGAUGGUUGAGGAAGAGCAGCCUGCAUCUGAUCUUGCUUAGGGAGGGUCCGAGGCUGGGCGGCCAUCUGCUAGGGAUGUGGCUGCAGAUUCCUGUACUGAGCGGGGGGUUGGGCUAGAGGACCUCCGAGGUCCCUUCCAGCUCUCGAAUUCCAAGAUCUAAUGGCUGAGAAUGCCUUCCAGGUUUCCUCACAUCUCCUCCUGGAGUCCCAUGGUGGAUGAAGGCCAAAUUCCACCCCAGGCAGUAGAAUCCUUGUUGCUGUCAUUUGGCCCGUCUCCCUUCCCCUCUGUCGUGCUUGUUCUGUCCCGAAUUGGGCCCCAGCGCCUCCUCACACUCCAUCCAGAGCCAUUAGAGUCCUCACCAGGGCCACCACUGCAGGGUUCCUUGAGGCACAUUGAGUUAAUUAAGCAGCAGUGAAGUGCAUUGUGCUGCAAGUGAACAAUCAUCCCUUGACUUAGGAACAUAAGAAGCUGCCAUAUAUUGAGUCAGACCCUUGGUCUAUCUAGCUCAGUAUUGUUUUCACAGACUGGCAGCGGCUUCUCCACAAGCCGCUGAUUGUGGAUUUUCAUUCCAUAAUCAGCAAUGGAGGGAAGUGAGGUUGGAGAUGGGGCUUUGGAAAGAAGGAAGGGAGCCACAAAUGUAGUGGGACAGCCAGCCCCUUUGCCAUCAGUUAUUAGGAAAGGUCUUGCUCAUCCUGAAACCAUCACUAUAAUCCUUUUAAUUUAUAUUGUCCUUGAUGAGAGUUCAUGGUGCUUCGUUCUCGUCCAUCAUCUCAGUAUCCUUUAUGGCAGCCUAUGAAGCCGGUCAGUGUUUUUAAUCUUGGAUGCGGCAGGCAAAGGAACAAGGCUGAGGUAGAGAGAGUGGCCACUGAGUGAAUUUUUGGCUAACAUGAGCUCUAAAAUGGGGGAAACCCCCCCCCCCCAUCUCAAGACUCUCACUCUCUAGGCUUGUCACCUUUUAAGGCUCUUGGAUGCAACUUGUGUUAGCCUCUGCUUGUUUAUGCAGAAGAGAAAGCAGAGAAGGGGGAAUUUGUCAUGCAAAUGAGAAUUCUAUCCAAUUUGCAUCCAUCAUGGAGACCCGACUGCUUUCAGCUUCACCUUUUGAGCUUCACCACUAGGGGAAAAUCCAUCUCUGGUGGAUUGCUCCCUUUGGGGAUGAAGAUAGAUGUGAUAUAUUAACUAGAGUGGAAGUCAUUUAUUCAGGGAUUCUCAAACUUGGGUCCACCGAUAUUGGACUACACCUCCCACUAUUCCCUGCCUUUGGUCAUUGUGGCUGGGGAUAAUGGGCACUGUAGUCCUCACCUUGUUUAAGCCUGAUGCUUAAAGCCUCGCCUGUGAAACAUUGCAACAGACGCUGCGUGCCAGUUUUGUUUAGGAAGAAGUGUCUUGUGAUAUCACCUAGCGGCAGCUUGGGGUUGUGAUGACAGGGCAUGUUAUCCUGUUCACUUCUUCAGCCAAGCUGGGAUCCAUCUCCAGUAGCGCCAAGAAUGGGCAGAUCCUAGGCUAACUUGCCUGCCGAACACUGGCCAACCUCUGCCCAACUCAGACCCAGAAGAACCACUGGUGUUUGCUUGUGGGGACGCAGCCCACUCAGACACACACUCAGGCAUACGAGAGCAGCCUCUCUGGCCCGCUCUUGUCUUCUCAUGCAGCUACUUUUUAAAGGGUGGUUUCCUCCUUCAGCAGGACUCUCCCCUUGACUCCGCCCAAACCUUCCUGUGCUGUAACAAUAUAUGGGUGCUAGAUAGGGCGAAACUUAAUGGCUGGAGAGGGGAAGAAGGGAGAUCUCCAGCGAAGCAGCUGAGCUGGGGGAAAUGCCAAUGUAAAGAAAAUUCCUAAUGUGAAUUUAUUGCUUUCUUCUUUUGCCCUUACAUUUCCAGUUUGGGCCGCUGUUGGAUGUAGAGCAUUUUUUUCGGGGCAGGAGGGAUCAUGUUGCCUUUUGCCAUGGCUGUGCCUAACGUAUGUCACUACAUGCGACUUUACGGUUUAGGAUGUUUUGUCUUGUUUUCUUUAAGCAAAGAAAAAACACCUCCUCCUAACCAUAAUCUGAUCAGAAACAUCGGAAGUCUUCAGGUUCAAGAUUCAAAUGCUGAAAAUUUGCUCUGUUUUCGGAUUUGUGUGGAAGGUGCACCUUCUGCUUUAUCAGGUGGGUUUCAACCACCACCACCCACCUUCUUUCAAUAUUAGUAUUAUCCAAUAGUGAAGCAAGGCUGAGAAAAAUUAAAUUCAUAGCAGAGAUAAGAUUCCAGUCAGAGAUUCCCUAAUUCACAUCUUCGCCACUUGGGCCUCUCCCAGAUAACAUAAAAUGCAGGCUCUGCAAGCUUCCAUGCCAGCUUCAAAUGCCACACACUCACAAAAGUUUCCAUGCGCCUUCCCAGCAUGACCGUCUCCUCCAUUCACACACCCAGCAGGAACCUUGUGCAAUUUUUGCAGCACCAGCUGCUGGCUAGCUCUUGUAUUCUGAGACGAACCCACCCACAGCUUUUGUGGUCCCUGGGGUUCUUCUCCAAAUGCAAGAGCUGCCCAGCAGGUGGAGCUGCAAAUAUCACACAAGGUCCCUGCUCACGCGAUUGUUGCCAGAGGAUGCGUUCCUGCUCACAUGUGGCCAGAGUUCAUACCGGGAAGGCGCACAGAAGCCUGUGUGGACAUGUGGACUGCCAAUAAGAUGGCGCUGGCUGCUUGUAUGGAAGCUCUGCAUAUUCUUCACUGUAUUAUAGUCUUGAAGAGUCCUUAGCUGCCAUGCUGCACCCGCAUGAAGGCAGAAACUGCCUUGCAGCCCACUUCAUUUCCACCACACUUGAAAUGUUAGAUCUUGUCUUCUUCCUAAGUCUCCAGACCCUUGGCUGGGAGGGCCAAGUGGGGCUGGAGUUCAGAAAUCCCCUCACCCCCCACCCACCCCAAACUAGGCUGGAGGCCUGCUCUGGAUCCCAUCCAUCCUCUCCCCUGUGAGUGAUGACCCUGGGAUCCUCUGAAACUUGAAACCUCUGGAUCCCCCCCACUGCAGCCCACAGUGGGGCUGGGAAGGUGCUAUGCAGGAGCUAUGGACCUCACGACACAGUUGGUAGCCGGGCUGUUCUCGUUCUUAUUUUGGUUUUGCCAAAUGGUGCUUUUUCUCUUAUUAAUAAUAAUAAUAAUUAAUAAUAUUAAUGAUAAUAAUCCAUUAGCUGAGGGGUGAGUGAGUGUGUGCCUUCUUCUUUUUUUGGUGAGUGGAGCUGAGAGGUGUGGUCCUCAGCUCCCCCACGCCGGGUCCGUGACUGUCCUUGCGCCUGCCAGCAGCCCGUUUGCGGGAGGGUCGGGCCACACACGGCACUGAGACCGAGAACGGGCUGCUUGCGCGGUCCCCUUGUCCUUUUGUAUCACAAGUGGCGGCAGCAAUAAAGUUAUUUUGGGUUAAGA